AUGUCGCUCGUGGAUAAAUUAAACUAUUACAGCACACGAAAAUCGUUCAAAUAUGGCAUACCCUUCCUCAUCAUGAUGGUGGCUGGCUCCUUCGGACUGCAGCAGUUCUCCAACCUCAGGUAUCAGUACGCCAAGAAGCAGCCGGUAACGCCGGAGGAGAUGAAAAAGUACGGCGUAAGCAUGAAGAACCGCAAGGAUGUGACGUUGGAGUCGGAGUACGACAAAGUCAAGUCCGUGGACAUAGAGAACUGGGAGAACAAACGCGGUCCACGUCCCUGGGAGGAGGAGGAUCAGCCGUCAACAGCAAAGCACUAGACUUAUUGCCUUCAAAACUGUUAACAAAACAACAAUUGAAAACAGACUGUUCGUUGUACAUAGUCAUAAAUAAAUCAGCAUUGUUAAUA